CAUCGGACAGUUUUAUGCAACGGACUAUCAACAAAAAAUAUGGCGUCUUCACUAAACCCAUGAUCAUAACUCCACUCGACGUUAUAAAUGGGAGGUGAAAUAUUUGGUCGUUGUUAAAGAAGAUCAUCAGAGCUGCAGUGAAGUCAUGGUGCUGAAGAUCUUCUUCCCUCAGUGCUGUAACCGGGCCGACAGCGGCCUGCUGGUCGGUCGCUGGCUCUCCGGCCAUGACUCUGCCGUGGUGCUGGCGGUCAUCCACUACCCAUUCAUCCCGGGACAGGUCAAACAGUACAUCCAGCAGAUCCAGGCCCGCAGUGGGGUGGAGCUGUCGGUGCUGGGCUCAUGGAGUCUCCCCAAAGAGGGGCAGGAGGGCAUGGAGAGCUUCCUCAGAGACCUCAGCACCAUCUUCCCCCAGAAGCGCUGGCUCCAGAUCAACCGUGAGCUGGGGAAGACCGGCUUCAACUGCCAGGUCCUCAGCCGGGAUCAGAAUGGAAGAGUAAUUCCACGGGAGAUUAAAAAGAAGGCGGAUAAGAUUGAUGGCGAGGCUGGAGGUGAUGGAGAAAAGAAGGGGAAAAAGAAGACGAAAAAGAAGGAGGAGGAGAAGGAGAAAGAAAAGGAGAACAAGAAGGAGAAAGAAGAGGAGGAGGAGAAGGAGAAAGAAAAGGAGAAAGAAGAGGAGGAGGAGGAGAAAAAAGAGGAUGAGGAGGAGAAGGUGAUCUUCGUCCACUACGAGCAGAGGAAGGUGAUGCUGUCGCAGCUUCACCCCAUCGAGAACGGCGUUUCAGACCCAGCAACGGACCCAACCUCUGAGCUGAGACAGAUGUUCCGCUCGGUGGCCCUCAGCCAGCCUCUGUUCUUCCUGGACCGAUACGACGACGGGCCCCUGAAGUCCACACACUGGCAGUCUGAGGGUCGAGAGGCCAGCAUCAUCGUGGAGCUGCUGAAACACUCCACCCUGCCGCUCUGCGUGCUGAUUCGCUGGCUGCUCAGCAUCUGGACCUGGAUCUGUGACAUCCGGGUCUUCAGUCUGUCCCCGCUGCGCUUCCUGAGCAGUAAGCUGUCCACCUGUGUGCAGCUCAGCUACAGGACGGAGCACAUGAGGACGCUCAGCUCGCAGAAGCCCGCCGCCGGACACACGGAGUUCAUGAGGAAGGCGAACAUGGUGGUGUCGGUGCUGCUGGACGUGGCUCUCGGCAUGCUGCUCAUGUGGUGGCUGUACAAAGACAACCACAUCAGCAUGUUAGCCAACACACUGGUGCCUGCAGCCGACCACGUGGCCAAAGAGCUGGAGGAGCUGCUGCAGUGGCUGAUGGGAGCUCCUGCCGGGCUGAAGAUGAACCGGGCCCUGGACCAGGUGCUGGGCCGCUUCUUCCUCUACCACAUCCACCUCUGGAUCAGCUACAUCCACCUGAUGUCCCCCUUCAUCGAGGGCAUCCUGUGGUACGGGGGUCUGUCGGCCUGCUUCGGCCUGACCUUCGCCCUCUCGCUGCUCUCCGACAUGGUGGCCCUGCUCACCUUCCACAUCUACUGCUUCUACGUGUACGGAGCCAGGCUGUACUGCCUGAAGAUCUACGGCCUCUCGUCUCUCUGGAGGCUCUUCAGGGGGAAGAAGUGGAACGUCCUGCGGCAGAGGGUGGACUCCUGCUCCUACGACCUGGACCAGCUCUUCAUUGGGACCCUGCUGUUCACCGUGCUGCUGUUCCUGCUGCCCACCACAGCGCUCUACUACCUGGUCUUCACUCUGUUGCGGCUGGUGGUGGUGCUGUUCCAGGGCGUGCUCCACCUCAGUGUGGACUUCAUCAACUCCUUCCCUCUGUUCGCUGUGGCGCUCCGCAUCACGCGCUCCUACAGACUAGCAGAGGGUGUAAAGUUCAAGGUGCUGUGUGAAGAGCCCGGGACGGCCCUGCACCUGCUGAUGGAGAUUAACCCUCUGAAGAGCAGCACGGUGGUUCAGUUGUACCGCACCCCGACGUACAGCUGUUACCCCAAAGACUCGUGGGCGGCCCUGGCCAAGAAACUGUUUGUUGGGGAGCUGAUUUAUCCGUGGAGACAUAAAACCACCAAAACCGACUGAGAGAUGGAGGGGAUGAGGGAACAACAGAAAGGGAAGUGACUGAUUAAAUAAUGAGAUGGAAGGAAAGAGGGGGAAAGGUGAAACAAGAUGGAAAGGUAAAAAGAAAUGUGAGUUGCGCUGCUUUCAUGUUAAAUUGGAAGAAAGUUACAGAAAGUGUGUGUUAGCAAGAAACUGCCAGUUCAGCACACUUGGUCAGGUUGAAGAAGAAGAAACAUGUUUCUGAGCACAGAGAACAAGGCGGUGUAAGCCAACAAACUUAAAAACCAGCAAGUAGUCACGUCCUGCUGCUGUAAGAACUGUGAUCAUAAGAUGACUUUCACUACAUGGGGAAAAUACUUUUAUUUUCCAUCAUUUUAGGAUUUGAUAUAGGGUCAGCUGUUUUCUUUUGUUGUAGAGGCCAUAAAUUAAUAAUAAUAUGAGUAUUUAAACCCCUGUACUAAAUGUAUAUGCAUUCCCACAAAGAAAAACGCCACUAAAGGACCAAAGCUAUUUGUGUUAUGUGGUUUAAGUGUGCGACAGAAAGAUGAAUUACUAAUCCUUAGAUAAGACUUAAUAGAAAAAAACAAAUUAGAAAAAAACAAGCAGAUGACAGUACAUUGCUUGGCUUUUGUGCUGGUGCACCUGCUUCUUAAAUGUAACGUAAAUGUCCAUUUCAAGUGCCAUAAGCAAAUAACCCAUAGUGAUGUACCACUCACUAUCACAAACAUGAAGUACAAGCUGUUUUUCACACUCCAUGGGCUUUCCUGUAAAACCUACCUAGUUUAAAGUAGUUUUGCACAGGGAACCAGGACAAAAAUAAAACCCUCCCUACAACACUCCUUAGUCAUGAAAUACCAGAAUGUAAACAUUUGAGUUUUUAUUACCCAUGACUUUUACUCCAGCACCAGCCUCUAAGCACCAUUGAAGCUUCUGGAGGGAUUCUAGAAGUACAGUGAGACUGACUUUUAGUGAACUGCAGCCAAUGGACACCGCUUACUCUAAUGGGAUAUUGCCAACACAUGUCGCAACAGUAACUCAAGUAAAAAAAGAGUCAUCAAAUCAGGCUCCAUAUUUAAUGCGAAAAUCCAAUUCGACAGCAGUAACCACAGGUUUCUUUUUAAAGUCUGCAACAUAGAGGCGGGAUUCCUCUCAGUAAUCAGGUAUUUAUGCUUUAACUGCACUGAUCAUAUAGAUUGUAUAUAAUUAAAGUAUUAGCAAAAGUCUACCUAAAUGAUACUAACUGGAAAAACUGAUUUAUAUUUUCUUUGUAAUACUUUGUGUUUUGAUGUAUAAGAGUGUAGUCUAAAAGAAUGAUUAGUGUUUUAUGUGUUCAUUUGUUGCCAUAUUUCGCAGUUAUGGAGGGAGUUACUGUUCUGUUAUGGUACGAAGCAAAUCUUUAUUCUGCUCAGGGUGAAUUUGUCAGCGUUUGUCUUGUUAUUUCUAAUAUAUGUGCCUAUUCAUGUCAUUUGUAAUGAAAUGUGGUGUCAUUCUUUGUAACAAUGAACCUAAUCCAUCUCUGAUUGAAAUGAAACUAACCAACAGUUUAGAAUGAGGUUUGAUGUCGGCCUUGUUCUGCACAAACUGUAGGUGAACGAUACAUAAGCUGUUGAAAGUUAAACAUUUUUCCACUUUUUAUAAAGCUAGGCAAUGAAAUGUCCUCUGCCUGCAGUCUUAGUGCUGAAUUAGAAUUAAAAACAAAUGUUCACUCUCUUUAAUGUGAAUUAUUUCUGUACUUUAGCACCAAUUUGUUAAAUUGUCUAAAUGUGCAUUCUUGUUUUUGUAACCUCUUAUUUGAUCAUCUCCUACUGAUCUGUACUAAAUGUUCCAUUGCCAUUUAAUAAAAUCCAUGCGUAUUUAAUAUA